CCCAUUUCCACCCUCCUUUAGUCCUUUUAUAACUUUUUUUUUGUGGUCCAUUAAGUCCUGCUGGAGCCAAAGCUUGACUUUCCUCUCCACACUUCUCUUUCUCGUUGUAUGUCUUUGUCAAAUUUCGUAUUCAUUCAUUUUUUCUUUAACUAGAGACAGCACGCACUCACUCCCAUGGCAGCAGAAGAGUGCCGCCCUCCUCCAACUCGAGCACCAACACCUCCACCCCCACAGCUACCGCCACAGCCACAGCCACAGCCACCAUACCAACAUCACCAUCUUCCUCCUCUCAAAGACACCGAACAAGACUACUACACGGACAAACCCCCCAUGGGGUCUCCCCACAAGAACGAUUCUUCAGCCGCCAAACGCUCUAUGUGCGCCUUCCUCACCAUCUUCCUCCUCCUUGCUGGCAUCACUCUCCUCGUUCUCUGGCUCGUCUACCGUCCCUACAAGCCCCGCUUCAAAGUGGUGGGCGCCGCCAUCUACUCCCUCAACACAACCACCCCGCCAUUCAUGUCCACCACCAUGCAGUUCACCCUCCUCAUUCGGAACCCAAACAGGCGCGUCUCCCUCUACCUGGACAGGUUCUCCGCCUUCGUGUCCUACAGGAACCAGGCCAUCACGCAGCAGGUCAUGCUGCCCCCCCUCCACCAGGACAAGCACAGCACCGUCUCUGUGGCCCCCGUCAUCGGAGGCACCCCGGUUCCCGUCUCUGCGGAGGUUUCCAAUGGUCUAAUGGUGGACCAGGCAUACGGAGUUGUGGGCCUGAGAGUGGUGCUCCUUGGCAGGCUGAGGUGGAAGGCUGGUGCCAUUAAGACCGCUCACUACGGCCUCUAUGUGAGGUGCGACCUUGUCAUGGGUUUAAAGAAAGGCUUUGUUGGUCAGGUUCCUCUUCUUGGUGCUCCACCUUGCCAUGUCGAUGUCUGAACAACUAGCCGCUAUACAAUAUGCCAUGCAAUGCCCUUCUCUUUCGACUUUUUUUAACUGUAAUAAAGUUACUUUUAUAUAUGUCUUAUUUCUCUUCUUCCUGUUCUUUCAGUUCUUUUGUUAUUUCUUUCGCAACCAGAAAUUAUUAUAGAGAUAAACAGUUUGUGAGAA